AUGGCCCAGGCCAGGAUCAGCGCCAAGGCCAGCGAGGGGGCGCAGCAGCAGCAGCCGCAGCAGCAGCAGUCGGGCGGGCAGCUCCGCGGCCGCUUCUACCGCUCCACCUCCAUGGCCGACCGCUCCAGCCGCCUGCUCGAGAACCUGGACCAGCUGGAGCUCAGGGUAGAGGCUUUCCGUGAUGCAGCAUCUGCUAUGGAGCAAGAGAAAGAAAUUCUGCUCGAAAUGAUCCACAAUAUACAGAACAGCCAGGAUAUGAGGCACAUCAGUGAAGGUGAGAGAGAGGAACUUAAUUUGACUGCCAAUCGCUUGAUGGGCCGAACCCUCACUGUGGAGGUUUCCGUAGAAACCAUCCGCAAUGCGCAGCAGCAGGAAUCCCUUCUGCAUGCCACCAAGAUGAUUGAUGAGAUCGUCAAUAAACUCCUCGAUGAUUUGGAAGACGCCAAAAUGCGCUUAAUGUCACUUUACGGUGCGUGCACGUCCGACGUGCCAGCAGGACCCAUCGAUCAGAAAUUUCAGUCUGUGGUCAUUGGAUGUGCCAUUGAGGAUCAGAAGAAAAUCAAAAGGCGCCUAGAGACUCUGCUCAGAAACUUGGAAAAUUCUGAAAAGUCCAUCACAUUGUUGGAGCAUCAGAAAUCAUCUGUUCGGCAGUCUUGUAACAGCAAACAGGAUUAA